UCAAACACUGUGUGGCUACUGAGCUUUGACAGAGUGUGAGAAGAUGGCGGGCGAAAAGUCACUGAUGGAAAAAAACCUGGAAACCAUCAUCGACACCUUCCACCACUACUCAGUACGAGUGGGACACCCAGACACCCUGAACAAGAAAGAGUUCAAAGACCUGAUAAAAAAGGAGCUGCCAAACUUCCUCAAGAAGGUGAAGAAGGAUGACGCUGAAAUCAGCCACAUGAUGGAGGACCUGGACACAAAUCAGGACAAGCAGCUGAGCUUCGAGGAGUUCAUCAUCAUGAUAGUGAGGCUGAUCUAUGCUUCCCAUGAGAAGAUGCACGAGGGUCAACACGGACCAGGCCACAGCCAUGGGCCAGGCCUAGGAGAGAGUGGCUCUGGCCAUGAUGGCCAUGGUCACAGCCAUGGCCACGGCCACGGCCAUAGCCACAACCACUAACCAGGAGGCCAGCCCACCCUGCGCCUGUCCACCCAUGGCCCUGGUACCUGUCAUGCCAAACUGCAUUGGCUGUGAGGCUGAGGCUGGGGGCAAAUAAAGGCUUCCUCCAAACCA